UUUGUGACUUACACGUUAACAUAUUCGAUUGAAUGUUUUUCACUCUAAUUUCCUUAAGCUUUUGCAAAUUUUUCUUUUGAAAUACCUUGUGGGAGGAAAUAAUUGUUUGACCAAAAUGAAAGAGAUUUAUCUUCAAAAGAUUAUUGUCUUUUGUUGAGAUUAAAACAUAAAAAGAUGUAGAAACGAUGUAUUAUUGUUCCUUUAAAUGGAAAAUAAACUUUAAAUGUUAUAAUUGCGAUGAGAACCGCACCACACUAUAGCUUUUAGGCACUCUAGGGGCAGGGGAAGGGGAAAACAAGGUGAAGUAGCCAAUCGAUUGAGCUAGUAAGAUUCCUCACAUUUUUGAACCAUUUAUAUAGGGCGUCUUGUCCUAUGAAUGAUAGCCUUUUGAAGGCCACCAGGAACUUGAAGUUGGCGCCCACAUACCAAGCAAUCCUGACCUUUCGCCCCUCUCUUUACAGUCAAGUGGCUUUCACUCCUCGUUAAUUAGGAUAGGUACCUACCUCACUUCACAUGAAAUUAUUCAUGGUCCAGGUUUAGUUAUUUCGAAGUUACAAUAACAUUUGUUCAAGCACCCUCAAUUGGUUGACGUUGGUUGAGCUACAAGAUCACUCAACAAACACUUACUCCUAAUAUCUCUUGAAAAUUGUUUGAUACUAUGGGAUAUGAAAUGUGAGAUUGCUAUGGUUUUUGAGUCUGGAGUAUCUCCACUUGAAUGCACGUAAUUUCGAAAUAAAUGUGCUUCAUCACUUCAAUGUAAUACAUUUUUCCCAGCAUUGAGUCAUCCUGAAUUUAGUCACAUUGUUCCUAAUUCUUGGCUGCACGAAAAGGCUCAGGUUCUCUGUUAACAGUUUUCUGUAAAAGGGAGAGAUAAGGAUGCGUGGGGACGCAAUCCAGCUCGCUUUUAUCCCGGGGGAAUACGUAAGCUUUAUGGUUACAUGACAGAGGUAAAAGACAUGGAAAACUUCAACCAACAUUCAUAUGGAAAAGCAAGGUUAAAGUUCGAGAUGAAAUCAUAUAGUGAAACUGUUCGAGAUCCGGUGAUGCAGAUUUCGGAGGAUAAUUAAGACCUUGUAUGGUUCAAGACGGAAGCUGCAAAGAACAAAAAAUUAUCUAAAGCUCUUGAGGAGACUCUUACUCUGGUGAGUGAAAAGCACCGUCAGACAGUGGAAGAGAACAAAAUUGUUAGGAUGAAAAUGAAGCUGCAAUAUGAAGAGAACAAGGAAGAGAUGAAGUCCCAAGAAAGCUUUUUCAUGGAUCAAAUUAACAUUUUUCUCAAUGCCGGGACUGCUGAGGAGGACAAAUCCCAGAAAAUACAACAGGAAUGUUGUGAGAUUUUCCAACAAUCUUUUGCAAAUGCAUUCUCAACAAUUGAGGAUCAUCGAGUCAGGGCAGAGAAAGUUGCGGAUUUUGUCAAACUUCAGGACAAAGACAUGGAAGAGUUUGUAGCUGAGAGGGAAAAUCUGAUUAGAGCUCAUGAAGAGAGGAGACACAAACUCUUGGAAGAGGUAAUUGCAAUUGAGAAGAGAUUGGACCUCGAACUGGCUAAGCUUGUGGAGAAGUACUCACCAAAGCAAUCUAAGCAGGUUUAGAGUACAUUUCAGCAUUAAAUUUCUUAUCAUGUGUUAUGCUGAUGCUAAAGAAAUAAUUCUAGUACCUAAAUUAAAAUUUAUCAAUUAAUAUAUGCCUUGAACUUAUGAUGUUUUAUUUGUGUUUGGGUUUUGAAAUCUGUAUAUCACCUUAUUAUGAUCACUUAACGUGUGGCUUUUCUUGAUAAUCGAAGGAUUUUGCAGUAUAUCUUUGCUAGUUCCUUUCUGUUACUAUGAGAAUUUCACUAGAUAUCUUGCUUCUAGCACAUCGAAUAAUAUUUUAUUUCUCUUAGAAAUAUUUACAUACAAAUUUAGAUAUUUGCUUCAACAUGAAUCGUGGUGCCUUAGUGUAGUAGUACUCUGAAAUAAGGAGUUUUUUUCAUCAAAAUGUGCGAAGUUGAAAGUUUUUAUGAGAAUUUGAAUGAAUGGGGAAAGUUUUAAUAGGAGUGGAACUAUAAAUUGUCGAGAAAGGAGAAAAAGUACAAGGGAAAUGGCCAAAUGGCUGAAUUAAACCGUAAGUAAUAUAUAUACUCCUUCGGUCCCAAAAUAAGAGUCACUUAACAAAAAAAAUAAAAAAAUUAGUCCCAAAAUAAGUUUCAUCAUAGGAAUUCAAGACAAAAUUAGCAUGUUUUUUCAUCCUUACUCUAGUAUUAAAGAACUAUUAUACCUUUCAAUUUGUUAUUUUCAUUAAUGGGAGUGAAAUGAGCUAAAGUGACUAUUAUUUUGGGACGGAAGAAGUAGGAGUAAAUAGUAAUGUGGUUUCUGGUGAAUGCUCAUCUGCCCAACUGUGAAAGCCUAUUAACUUCUUCUCGUACACAACGCCGUGUUGCCAGGCGUCGCCCUUUCACUUAAAUAUUUUAUCUAUAAAUAUGGCACUUACUACUUGCCAAUAGCCAUAUACAGAGAUAGAUAUAUAUGUAGAGAGAGAGAGAGAGAGAUGGAUGAUGGUAAUCUUGUUGGUUUAGGAGAUGGAGGAUUUCAUAGCUAUUGCAGAUCCCCGCAACGAACCUCUGCCAGUUCCCCUUCUCCUGAUAUGGAGAUGAGCCUGGAACUGCCUGCUGAUCUCGAGCAGACAAUUGCUGCCAAUGUAGAACAUUCUGAACGCACCAUUCGGGAGCAUGACCGAUUCAUGCCAAUAACAAACGUGAUCAGAAUCAUGCGCAAGAUCCUUCCUCCCAAUGUCAAGAUAUCCGAUGGCUUCAAGUUGAUGAUCCAAGAAUGUGUCUCUGAGUUCAUAGGCUUCAUAACAGGCGAAGCCAACAAUUGUUGCCAGCUUGAUCAGCGCAAGACCAUCACCGCCGAAGACCUGCUUCGCGCCAUGGACAGGUUUGGUUAUGAUGACUACGUUGAAACCUUGGCUUUGUACUUGCAUCGUUAUCGUGAGUAUGAUGGUGGUUGUAGAUCCACGAGAAGAGAGCGUUUGUUGUUAAGGAGUUCAAUGGUUAAUCCAGCUUCAGGCUGCAACAUCACGCCCUAUCAGGGGGAUGCAUCAAAUGGAAGCACUUCUCAAGGGGAUGCUGUGAAUAUUAAAGUUCAGUCUCCUGCGAAAGAAACUAAGGAGUGAUCAGUUUUUCUGCUGAAGGAAUUUAGAUGUUGUUGAAACUUCAACAACAAUGAAGAAACUAGACUAUCUUUUCUAUGUAACCUAAUUUGCGACCUAUUGACAAUCUAGGAUUGUUCUUAUUAAUUUCCAAAGUUUAGGAAUGUUUCUUUUGAACUAAGUGAGCCAAACUCGUGGCUCUUUAAAUUGUCUGUUUGUGUAGUUUGCUACCCGUCUAUUUUCAGUAUUCGGUUGGUGGAUUGCUUGUGACUAUCCUGAUAGUAUCUAAUGGAAGCUUUUGAAACUCAACUCUCA